UUAUAUUUAAGCCAGCUGUGAGUAGGUGCAUAUAGCCAGAGUCCAGAUAAAUAGAGAACGCUUCUGGCAAAUGCAGCAUUAUUCGAGAAUGAGACUCGCAGCAGGGAACAGCUGCGUGCUCUGGAAAGUGGCUUUGCUGUUGACGCUCUGUGGAGUUGCAGCAGCUCAUAUGGAGGGUCUUCUGGGCGUUUGCUCAAGCACCACUGUGCCGGUGGACUGUGUGCCGGGCUGCCAGUUGAUAUGUACAAGUAUUCUCAUUAUACGAAGGUGCAUCGCAUUAGAAUGUAGGCGUGGCUGUGUGUGUCCGCCGGGCUCGGUGCGCAAGGGCUCAAUUGAGGGCGUCUGCAUUAAGCGCAGUGCCUGCAGGCGCUGGGUCUUAUGAAGAAGCCCUGCCAUCUAGCAGCUAAACAAUAUAUUGUAGUAACUGAAAAUGAGCUGAAUAAGUUUCACCAGGCAGCCUUAAGUCGUUCCGGCAUUGACCUUGUCCAACCCUGGCCACUCUACCGUUUCAAGCGAGCAUCGCAAACAACACCUAGACGUUACCUGUUCCCCCGGCCGAAUGCACUGCAAAGACCACAUUUCACAUUUGACUGACAACAGAUUGGCUGGGGUGAACUACCGAUUAAGUGGCUGGGAUGAAGCUGCAAAUCUUCAAGUGUGAACAGACAAUAUAUACUCUCUGUCUAGCUCUAUGUAUGUACGUACAUAUAUUAUUAUGUAAGGCCUUCAUCAAAUAUCGUUAUUUGAUUAUUAUCUUUACCAAUUUGUCGGAAAACUAAUAUGUAUUA